GCAAGCCAGUCUACACCAAUACUGCUCUCAUCGCUUGUCAAAAGCCGGUCUUUGCCCAGUAUCGAAUAUGUUGUGGCACAUUCUCGUGUGCUAUUACACUGUAAACUAAAGUGCAUUCGUUAUCCGUCGUAUAACCACAUUUAGCCUUUAAUCAGCAGCGUUGUUAGCCGGUCAGUUAUCGAUCAAGCCCUCCGCCCUGCACAGCUCAUUGAAAGGACACCUAUCGGGAUUAUUUGCACCUACAGAUGUUUCGUCUAUUAUAAUGCAAGAUGCAUGCUGAUGCUCGGAAGUGGUUGCUCGACUGCGUAUUACUCGUCCUUUUAACCUCCUCGACCUACUGAAAAUAACCGUAAACAGCUGCAAAUCGUUGAUAUUUUGGGGUGAAGAAUGACAGAAUAUAAGCUUGUGGUCGUAGGGGCUGGAGGCGUGGGCAAGAGUGCUCUCACCAUCCAACUCAUCCAGAACCACUUUGUGGACGAAUACGACCCAACCAUAGAGGACUCCUACAGGAAGCAGGUGGUGAUUGAUGGGGAGACGUGUCUCCUGGACAUCUUGGACACUGCAGGUCAGGAGGAGUACAGCGCCAUGAGGGAUCAGUACAUGAGGACAGGAGAGGGCUUCCUCUGUGUCUUCGCCAUCAAUAACACCAAGUCCUUUGAGGACAUUCACCACUACAGAGAGCAGAUAAAACGAGUAAAGGACUCUGAGGACGUCCCCAUGGUCCUGGUUGGGAAUAAGUGUGAUCUUCCAUCCCGCAGUGUGGACACCAAGCAGGCUCAGGAUUUAGCACGGAGCUACGGCAUCCCAUUUAUAGAGACCUCAGCAAAGACGAGACAGGGCGUGGACGACGCGUUUUAUACUUUAGUCCGAGAAAUCCGGAAGCACAAGGAGAAGAUGAGCAAGGAUGGCAAGAAGAAAAAGAAGAAAUCCAAAUCAAAAUGUGUAUUAAUGUGAACAAGCCUUUCCCGUCAUUAUAGACUCAGAAGAAAAAUAAAAAAACUUCCACAGCUGCAUUUUGUACAUUACACUAAAUUAUUAGCCUGCUCAAAAUACAGAAUGGAUCCUUCUUAAAAGAAAUAAGCUUUACUUCUCGUUCGGUGCCAGUCCCUUGACACCGUUCUGGCUUAUUUUACUGGGUGGGCUGUCAGAAGUGGUUUUAUUUUGCAGUUGGUUUAUCUAGAGUAGUUUUAACAGAUUUCUAAAGAAAGGUGUGGACAUGAAAACAGGCUUUUGGUGUGAGGUAUGAGGUAUGAUGUGAGAACUAGCCGUGUAGCUGCACGUGAGUCACUUGAUUUUCCAGGAACUGAAACUUUGAGGAAUAAUUUUUUAGGACCGACCAUUCCAGGUGGCGUUUUGAAACAUUAUCACUGUGUAUGAUCCUGGCUUUGGAUGUCCCAGACUUCCAGAAACGAACUUCCAUUGUAGUCUGAUUUACACACCCUCUCUGGAAAGCCAUGGUCAUGCAUGGUGAAAUCUUAACCUUAUUUCCCUGUGUGCAUGCUGUGUUCUGUUCAUUAAACUUCCAGGGAAUUCUGUAUAAUAGCCACUGUGGUGUCUGUCCGACAGGCGCUAUUAUUUCAACAUGGCCGUUGUUCAUUGUUCUGAUAUCUUCAGUUCAAUUCAUGAGGUUUUAUAUAAGAGUCAAAAUCUGCUAAGAGGUAACAGCAUGUAAAAAAAGUAUCAACUUCAUU